UUUUUUCAUUCACUGUGAUUCUUUGUUCCGGUGGAGGAAGUAGUAAUAAAAAGAUCGCCAUCAAGGUGAAGGUGGUGCUAUUGUGGUGCAAUUAAUUGAGUAAUUAAUUGAUUAGUGACUAAAUAUUCGGGGAUUUAUUAGGAAAUUAAGUGCGAGAUUUUUUAAAUCAAAAUGAAGCCGUGUUUAGUGGUUUUUUCGCUCUUCGUCGUCUCUACGAUGGCCCGACCUCAACAAUCACAGUACGGAAUAUCUCGACCCCAACAAUCACAAAGUGUCCAAUUCGACGAUGCCCUUAGCAGUUUGUCGCCAUCAUCGCCUCAAUUUAGUCAAUCUCAACAAUUCAGUGGAGGAGCAAUGAUGGACCCUCACAGCCCCAAAGUUUAUAAACACAUCUCCAUCCAUGUCGCACCUCGCGACGAGUUUGAAGAAGAAAUGCCCAUGAAACGGGUCAUUCGUCCGAUGGAAAAACCAAACAAAAUUGUCAACAUCAUCUUCGUAAAGGCUCCGAGUCACUCGUCCUCCGGCCAGACAGAAAUCAUCCUCCCAGCCCAGGCAGAAACUCGAACGGUCGUUUACGUCCUGCUCAAACGCCCCUCCGGGAACGAUGCCAAUGUCAAAAUUCGUCAACCUAAACCAACCAAACCGUCGAAACCGGCCGUAUUUUUCAUCAAGUAUGGUCAAGGUCAGCAAAGUGGUCAAGUUGGGGGUGGGUCAAUAGACGACAUUGCACAAAAUACCAUCCCCACCACAACCGGCAGCCAAAGUCAAAGUGGUGGUCAAAGUGGUCAAAGUGGUGGUGGUGGGUACGAGUAAAUAAUUAGCAACGUGCCAUUUUUUUAUCAUUGUUGUUUUUUUCAGUAUUUCUGUUACGUCUAAUUUUAUUACAUUGUUAUUCUUCCCGACUGUUGAAGUUUUUUUAAUUUUAUGAAUAUUUUGUGUAACAAACCUUGCCAUUUUUUAUGCAAUUUUUUUUGCUGCCAUUAUGUUCCUUUUGUCACUCGAAGAAUUUAAGUGGAGGUGCAUGAUCCGUGUGAGCUUAAACUUCUGUCAGUGUCGGUCGGUAGGUGUGUGAAAUAUGCUCUUUGAAAAAUAUGUCACAAGUUAUCAUCACACUUACCAAUUCGAUACGCGCUUAUAAAUAUUUUCUAUUCAUGUCACAUUAUUAUUACACUUUGUAAAGAGAUGUGUUUUGAAAUAUUGUGACUCGCAGACGUUGCUCAAAUCCUUUUCAUUUCUCUCUCCGUUCUAAACUAAAGCCGAUUACCAAAUCAAAAACCAUACGAACUGUUAGCUGUUGAGUGGUUUCGUUUGGUGCAUAUUCGAAUUCGACAACGACGGCGACGACGUUGUUGUGCAAGCUGCGUCUUUUAUUAUUAAACCUGAGUGAGAUGAUAUAAUGCUUGCUAAUUCUCCAUUCCGUAUUAUUAUUUUUUUUGCUAUUGCAGACCUGUCCUCGUGCAUUUAUUGUGCUUGUUAUCAUCAUCUUACGUGGUGAUUGUAUCAGUAUUGAGAUGCAAUGUGGUAGCAAAUUUGUGCAAUAUUUCUCAACAUGUUUCUAUCAUUUGUUGGUCAUUUGUUGGUCGGAGUAUUGUUAUCCGUCAUAUUUUUGUACAGAAAUAGAGGUUAAGAUAAACGCUUGUAAGUAUUUAUGAAGCAAUGAAGAUAAUAAAAAUGUUUCUGUGUGUGGUUAAAACGCCGUUUA